UUUAAUUUUUUAAUACGUUGAAAACUUAAGUGAUUGUGAAAGUUCCUUAAAAUUUAAAAUUCAUUUAAUUUGUUAAGUUGUCUGCAAACAAAAUGUUAGUGAAAAAAGCUGUAUUUCUGUUGGCAUUAUUAUGCGUCAAUAUAUCCUUUGGACAUACCACACAGCGCCCUUCACGCUCUGCGGGUGGUGACGAUGACGGAAAUCCUUUAUUGGACAUGGCUUCGAUGUUCAUACAAGAAGCUUUAAAUAAUCAAAAUAAUAAUGGCGGCCGUGGAGGUGGUGGAGGAGGUGCAGCUGGUCUGGCUGGCAUAGCAUCUAUGGUGGGUUCCUUUAUGCAAGCCAAUAGCGGUGGACAGGGCAAAAGUGCUGGCGGUUCCGGAGCCAUGCAAAUACUUUCCGGCAUUGGCAGUCUGUUAGCUAGUGCUGGCAACAAUAAUGGCGCUCGUGGUGGUGGCGGUGGUGGUUUUGAUCCUUCCAUUAUAGGAAAUGUCAUUGAAAUGUUCACCCAAGGCGAUGACACAGAGGAAGAUAACAAUGACGGCCAACAUCAACAUCAAAAGCGUGAAUCUGAUUCUGGCAUCGAUUUGGGUUCUAUACUACAAAUCGCUUCGGCUUUUAUGGGUCAAAAUAAUGAGGCUCCCUCUCAUCACCACCAGCAAAAACGAUCAGCCAAUACAAAUUCGGCCACUCCUCAGCCCCAGGAAGACAAUGGCCUAAUGAGCCUUUUGCCCUUGGUUAUGCAAGCCGUCAGUUCAUUUGCUGGUCCCGAGGGUCAACAUACCCAAGAGAAACACAGAGAUCAUGCCUGGGUUUUGCCACCAUUCUUGGAACACUUACACGUUCUAUGGGAUCAUUUCUCGAAUUCUGAGUUGGCGGAUGCUCUAUACGAAAAGUCUGGUGUGAAUAAAAUAAUGAAGGGUUUCAAGAGUCGCGAUGGCAAAUUGGAUUAUGACAAGUUAUUUGAAUCCUUAAAUAAUCAAUCUUUCCGCAGACGUUGGAUUAAAUCUGCUACUCUAUAUUUAGCCGACUGGGCAAGUUAUUUGGCAAAUCCAGAAGUUUAUUUAAAAUAUUUCCAAACAGCACAAUUAAUGUUUAAUGGUUUCCUUAAAUCUCAAGGCUAUCCUAAGACUACAUUCUUCGAUCCCAGCCGUCCCAGCGAAACCAUUUCCAAUUUAAUGGAUCACGUUGCCAAACACCAUCUUAAUGUUAAAAUCGACUCCCGUCAAUAUGUUAAACCAGCUGUAGGCUAUGCAAAGGAUCUCAUGAAGUUGGGUCAGGCACGCGGUGUCUUGCAAUUCAAUGCCACUGAUAUAAGUGAUAAACUUACAGACACAUUGAACUUGGAGGUUAUUGAACCAGUUUUAAAAGUUCAUCGUGCCUAUAGAUAUGUAACGAAACAACCACACUGUGAUCGUUACGUAUUGUGUCAGCUAAAUGAUGCCGAACAGUAUUCAGCCGAAGAAUCUCGCGGCCUAAUUUCAGGUGUUAGUCCAAAAAUUGUUAAAGUUGGUAGUAUGGGUGCUGCUUUCUUCAUUAGCACUGAAACUGGAACACCAUUCUGGACAUUGUUCAGUGUCAUCACUACGGCAUCAAAUUGUGAGGUUAAAUAUCCUGUUGAUUGCAGUGGAUUCCAUGAAGGCGAAGCUAAAGUGACCACGGAAUAUAUACACAAUGAAUUGUAAUUGCCAGAGCGAGUGUGUAUUUCGAAUGUGUUUUUGUAACUUUUCAUGGUACUAUAUUCCCAGUUUAUUUCAAACCUUAAUAAAUGAUCUUAGUAGCAAUUUGUUUAUUUGGAUAAGUUUCAUAUUUGUGGUUUAAUUAAACAGAAAUUAUCACAAACUUGUAGGUUUUAAAUAUUUUAGUUUAUAUAUUUUUUACAUACAUACGACAUACAUAGAUUUUAGUUUUAAACAAUUGUAUUUUAAUUUUACGUAUUCUUUUUUAAAUGUGAAUUUCGUUUAAUCCAAUGUAUAUAAAUGUAUUUAGUUCUAUCUCAUAAUUUAAAAAGAUUUCAAAUGAAAUAAAUAUGAACUUAAGUAAAAUUAAAAAAA